AUGUAGUGUCGCAAAGUCGAACCGAAUGUGAUAAUGAAUUCGGCAAGAUUAGUUCAACGUCCUACGGAGACUAAUAAACUAGAAGAAGAUAUAGUUCAUGUUAUAAAGAGUCCAGAAAAAAAGAGUCCCAAUAAUGGAAAAUCACUAAAACGUACAUCAUCUGGUCCAAUUAUAAAUUUGCAACAGUAGAUAAUAAUUCAUUAGAGUGCUCCUACUAAAGACUCCUAAGUUUUAUUAAAAUUCAAGAAUUAAAUGAAGAAAAAGAAAAAGAAGAAGAAGCUUUAAAAGAAAAAGAAAAUAUUAACAAUAGAUAAGUAAGAAUCAGAAUUUAGAGUAGAACAGCUACUAAAAUAAAACUUAAGAAAACAUUAAAGUAUUUAAUCUAAUUCAUACAUAGUGGAAAAAUAAGAAUAAUUAAUUAAAGAAGAAAUAUAAAAAUAAAGAGUAGUUAGUUUUAAUGAGAUGAGAAAAAUUAUGGAUUAACAAAUAAGAUAAAUAAAUUAACAAAGAUUUAUAAGAGUAAAUUUUAAAUUGUAUUUGUAUAAAGUCAAAAUCUCCACCAUCAUCUAUGUUACCUUGGGGAGUAGAUUAGAAUAAACUAAAAUAAUAUUGGACAAAAAUGUUGGAAAUCCAUGAUAAAUUAGAAAAACCAUAAUAAGUAAAUUAAACAGCAACAGAACAAGCAAUAAAAGAAAAAAUUAGAAGACAUAAAUUAGGAUUAGAUUUCCUCAAUUCAAAGCCUGAAAAAGAUAUUUAAAAAAUGAUAUAGAGUAAAAUCUAUUUAAAAUUAUUAGAAUAAAAAUCAAAAUAAGUGUUAGAGACUAUUUAAUCACCUUAAAAACAUAAGAAUAAUUGUGAGAAUAAAGAAGCCAUUCAAGAUGUUAAACUUUAUAUGAUGUACAAGAGAGAAUUAUGGAGACAAUAAAAAAUAGAAGAGUAUCUUAUUUAUAUAUUAUUUAGAAAAUAAUUAUAAAAAUUAAAAAAGGAAAAAUUGCAAUAAAAUUUAUAAAUAUUAGAUUAAGAAGCAAAACUUUUUGCUAAAUCAAGAAAUGCUUCAGUAAAAUCAAAUUUAACUGCAUAAGCAGCAUCCUAUCAUGCAUAAUAAUCAUCUCAACACUUUAGAACUUCUGACCCUCCGAAUUUUAAUAAAUUAGAAAAAGAAUAUAAAGAACUUAUGAGAUCUCUCAGAUAAUCAAGUUAUAGUAGUACACAAUCUCAUACUAGAAAAACCAGUUAAAUGAAGUUUUUAGAUUGGUUAUAACAACUACCUGAAUCUUAUCUCUAAGAAUAAUUGUCUUAAAUGUAAGCUAUAAAUGAAUAAAUGAAUAAUAAAGGAUUUUAAUAUAAAUUGAGUGAACAAGAAAUGUAUUAAUUUUUAGAAUAAUUUCUUAAAGAAAAGUUUGAAUAACAAACUAAAUCUACGAUUAAAGAUAGAUUUAAUGAAUUAUAAGAAAGAUUCCAAUAAGUUUCUUAAUAAUAAUUAUCUAAUAGUUAACAAUUAUCUUAACAAUAAAACAUAACUCAUUAGAGUAAUUAAAGCAAUAAGAGUCAUACAUAAAAAGAAAAAGUGUCUACAUCCCCAAAAGAAUAUACCAUUAAUGAAAUGAGUGAUGAGGAAUUAGAGUAAAUUUAAAAUGUCGCUGCUACUAUGAUAUAGAAGGUAUGGAGAGGUUAUAAGACAAGGUAAGUAGUUUUUGCGUAUCUAUAAUAUCUUAUUUAAGAGUAGGAAUUAGAAGAAUAAAAUAAUGAGGGCAAUAAAUUAUAGUAAUAAUUUGAAGGUCUGUCACAAGAAGAAGAAAUUAAGUCUGUUAAUUAAAUUACAGAUUCAGAAAGAAGAUUAAAUCCUCUUGAAUUACAUUUUAAUGAUUCUCCAUUCCAUAAAUUUUAAGGAAAUGCUCCACCUCCCUCAGAGUCUUUAUAAUAAUCUUCUCAGUAAUAAUCCAGCCCUAGAGGUAAUUCAAGUAUUCCUCCUCUAAAUUUGGAUUCAUUCUCAUAAUAACAGUCCUCUCCAUAAAAAUCUUUUUAGUAUUAACAAUAAUAAUAAUCGUAAUAAUAGUAAUAAUAAUCUUAGUAAUAAUAAUAAAAAUAGUAAUAAUUAUUAUAACAAUAAUUAUUAUAAUAACAACAAUAAUAAUAAUAGUAAUAACAAUUACAAUAACAACAAUAAUAGCAAUAAUAAUAGCAAUAAUAAUAAUAAUAACAAUAAUAACAAUAAUAAUAACAAUAACAAUUAUAGCAAUAAUAAUAAUAACAAUAACAAUAUUAGCAAUAAUAAUAAUAGCAAUAAUAAUAAUAACAAUAAUAAUAAUAAUUAUUAUUAUUAUCAGAAUCUUAAAUUUAAGAGUAAGAAAUUAAUUAGAAUUAAACACCUUAAAAAAGCCUUCAUUUAUAUCAUGGAUUAAAUUCAGAUCCUGAAUAUUUUAUGUAAGUUAUAAAAUUAAGAGAAGAAGCUUUAUAAUAGAAGUAUGAUUAAUAACUAGCAUUGUUAGAAAAAAUGUUAGAAAAAAAAAAAGUUUCCAAUGAUCUAUUUUCAGAAAAUAAAGAAAAAUUAGAUAAAAGAUAUAAAAGAGAAAGUGAUAAAUUAUAAUAAUCUAAAAAUGAAGUUGAAAGAUUACAUUAAAUGUUUAAAGAUACUAUAAAAUCGACAUAAAAAGAUUAAUAAUUUAUGGAAAGAAUGAAAAUCUAAACAGAAGAAGAGAAUUUAUCGAUCAGGUAAAUCUUUUCAAUUCGUUCAGAAACAGAAUAAUCUGAUGGAGAAUUAGAAAAAAGAUCUAUACCCCAUUAUGGAUUAUUAUAACAAAUAAGUAUAAAUUAAUUAAUAAUUUAGAGAAUGAUUAAUUUAAGAAAUAUUCUAAAAAUAGAAAGUAAGUGCGAAGUUUUGAUUAAUAAGUAAGUCUAGAUGAUAUUUCAAUGAAAAAUGAAGAAAUUUAAACUAGCACAAUAUUUAAUGUUCACACAGAAUCAAUAAAUCAUUCCUUACAUAAAUCCUAAUAAUUGCCCUCCACUCUCUAAUAAUCAGUGCCUUCACAAGAAACGGUAUAGAUAGAUACUAUAGAAAUUCCUGAGAAUAAAGUUAUUGAACCAAAAGAGUAGUUUAAAAAUUCAAUAAUUCCAUUUGAUGAUAGAAAGAUUGAUAAUCUGACUGAAAAUAUAGUUUCAAAUAUCAUAUCCGAAUUUGCGGAAGAAUUGAAUAAUUUUCCAUUAUAAUCCCUAGGUGUUUUGAUGGAAUGGGAUGAAGAGUCUCAAAUAGAUUAAUAAUUUCCUCCUGGUUUUCCAACUACCCUUAAUUUUAUUAAGGACUACCUUGUUUCAUUUAGUGAAUUUAUUUAAAGUAAGUAUUUAAAAUAUAUUUAGAACAUUAUCUUGAAAUUUUUAUACAAUAGGUAAAUACUCCUUUAGGAAUAACACCUUAAGAUUUAUUAAAGACAAUUUCACUUAGUGAUAUGUAAUAAAACACCCUUGAUGAUUCAACAUCAGGGCCCUUGUAUCCACUAAUAAAACAUAUCCAUUAAAUGGAACCCUUAAUUGAUGAAGAAAUUUGGUCGAAAUUCAAUCAAUCAUAUGCUCUAAAAUUAAAAUACUUUAAUGAUAUCAACAUAAGUGAUUAAUUUAAAGAACUAGAAAUUUAUCAUCUAAGAAUGAUUUAUGAAGCUUUUAAUGAAGCUAUAAAUUAUGUAAGACCAUUUGGAAUUAGAGGGUAACCAUAUCCAUGGAAAUCGAAUCCUUUAAAAGUCUAUUAAAAUUAAACUACACAAGAUUCUAUAGAUAGAGCUAUGGGUUUUGCAAUAGCUAAAAUGUUGAAAUGGGGAUCAUUUUUAUGUGGGUUCAUUCCUGAAAAAAUUGAGACGCCUUAAGGGGAAAUAAUAGUAAUAGAAGAUGAUUACCUCAAUUAAAUUAAAGAGGAUCGAUUAUAACAAAUGUUAGAAUAUGAAGUAAUAUUUUUAUUCAUUUGUAGAUUCAAGAAUCAGAAGAAAAAUGGUUAAAUUAUGAUGAAGAAUAAGCUGAAGUAGCAGUUGAGUUAGCUGAUGUUGUUUUUGAAAAUAUGUUGGAUGAGGCAGCUGAAGAAAUAUUCAGAAUUUCAUAAGGAGGGAAUUACUAGAUUAAAGGAUUUCAAUAAUGA